AGGUGGUUCAGCCUUAAGUACUCCAUUUCAACCCACAGUUAUUAACUGCUCAACUAAUAGAAUACCAAGAUUUUGCCCUGUGAACUUUGUACUUUGUGAAAUGUGAACAUUGAUGUAACAUGUCUGGCAAUCUCCACUACAAUAAGAAACAGACAACUGAUUACCCUUUAAAUAGUAGCAAUAGCUUGAAAUUGCUAUUACAAGCCAAAGCCACAACUGUGCUCCAGAACUUAAACGAUGAGCAUCCUGUUCCUGACCUCCUUUGUGCCAAUUUUUAUCUUGAUUGGUACUAUUAUUUACUGGUUGAGGGCCAAGCCAAAACCUAUCAAAUCAUUAUGUGAUCUUUCCAACCAAUCUGUGCAAAUCAAGAACAGUGGAGGUGCCAGGAGAAAUGCAGUGUUGAAAAAUGAUGAAGUGAUAUCUUAUUUUUACGAUGAUGUCAGAACAAUCUAUGAAGCUUUCCAAAGAGGUUUACAUGUAUCAGGUGAUGGACCUUGUCUGGGUUACCGCAAGCCUAACCAGCCUUAUCAGUGGCUCUCUUACAAGCAGGUGUCCGAUAGAGCGGAGUAUCUUGGAUCAGGUCUCUUACAUCGUGGAUGCAAUCCAUGCCCAGAGCAGUACAUUGGGGUAUUUGCUCAGAAUAGACCUGAGUGGAUAAUUUCUGAGUUGGCUUGCUAUACCUACUCUAUGUCAGUGAUACCACUGUAUGACACUCUUGGACCUGAUGCUAUUGUAUACAUCAUUAAUAAAGCUGAAAUUUCGACUGUGAUCUGUGACAAGAUGAAUAAAGCGAUCGUUUUGUUGGAAAAUUGUGAAGCGAAGCACACACCUUUGUUAACAACUAUUAUUCUGAUGGAUCCAUUUGACGACACUUUAAAGGAACGUGGGACCAACUGUAAGGUUGAAGUCCUCACUCUGAAAGAAGUUGAGGAUCUUGGAAGGGAAAAUCUUAGAAAACCUAUUCCACCAAAACCUGAUGAUCUGAGUGUUGUGUGCUUUACAAGUGGAACAACAGGUGACCCUAAGGGAGCUAUGUUGACUCAUGGAAACGUUGUGGCUAAUUCAGCAGCAUUCUUUGCAAUGAUGGGGUCCACCUUUAUCACCAACAGUGAUGACAUUUCGAUCUCCUAUCUUCCCCUGGCACACAUGUUUGAAAGAGUGGUGCAGACAGCACUGUACUGUACUGGUUCCAGAGUGGGAUUCUUUCAAGGUGACAUUCGACUAUUGCUAGAUGAUAUGAAGACCCUUCAGCCUACAGUUUUUCCUGUGGUGCCUAGACUUCUGACCCGAGUCUACGAUAAGGUGCAAACUGAGUUUCAAUCGCCCUUUAAGAGAUGGCUGUUAAAUAUUGCUGUUAGCUGCAAACAAGCUGAAUUAUCCAGAGGAAUUAUUAGAAAUGACAGUUUCUGGGACAAGCUGAUUUUCAACAAAAUUCAGGCUACCAUGGGAGGACGUAUCCGUAUGAUGGUAACAGGAGCGGCUCCAAUUUCCUCUACUGUUCUAACAUUUCUUCGAGCAACAUUGGGCUGUCCAAUUUUUGAAGCAUAUGGACAAACUGAAUGCACUGCUGGAUGUACCUUCUCAAUGGCUGGAGAUUCUGCUGCUGGCCAUGUUGGUCCACCACUUCCUUGCAACAUUGUGAAAUUAGUUGAUGUUGAAGACAUGAAUUACUUUGCUGCUAAAGGGGAAGGAGAGGUCUGCCUCAAAGGCACAAAUGUAUUCAAAGGUUACCUGAAAGACCCAGAAAAAACGACUGAAGCUCUAGAUGCUGAUGGAUGGCUCCAUACAGGGGACAUCGGAAAGUGGCUGCCAAAUGGAACUUUGAAAAUAAUUGACAGGAAGAAGAAUAUAUUUAAACUGGCACAGGGUGAAUAUAUUGCACCAGAAAAAAUAGAGAAUGUAUAUAUUCAGUGUGGUCUUGUGGCCCAAGUUUUUGUCGCUGGAGAUAGCUUACAGUCAUAUUUGGUGGGCAUUGUGGUGCCUGACCCAGAGGUGCUUCCUGAAUUUGCUGCAAGUAAAGGAUUCAAAGGCUCUUAUGAAGAGCUAUGCCAGAUUCCGGAAAUAAAGAAGGCUAUUUUAGAUGACAUGGUUAAGCUGGGAAAAAAAGCUGGAUUAAAAUCAUUUGAACAGGUAAAGGACUUGUAUCUGCACACACAGAUGUUCACUAUUGAAAAUGGACUCUUAACACCAACACUGAAGGCCAAAAGAUCGGAACUAAGCAAAUUUUUCAAAAAACAGAUUGACUGUCUCUAUGGAAAUACACAAGCAUAGAUUCCCUCCAGUACAUUGACAAUGAUGGUUUCAUAUCCUGGACAUGUAAUAUUGAAAGGAAUAUGUAAGAUGUAAACAAUGUUGAAUAAAAUUUUUUCC